AUGGUGGAGGCCCGCACGUUCACGAUAUACACGGACCACAAGCCAAUCAUCUACGCAUUCCGCCAGAAGCCCGAGAAGAGCACGCCGCGACAGUUCCGCUACCUGGACUUCAUCGGGCAAUUCACCACCGACAUUCGACACGUGGCGGGCGUGGAAAACGUCGUGGCCGACGCGUUGUCGAGGAUCGAGGAGCUCAAUUCUCCCCUGGAUUACGCCGCGUUGGCGCAAUUGCAGGAGAAGGACGAGGAGAUCGGAGAAUGCCUGCGGCGAGAGUCCGGGCUGAAGCUCGAAAAAGUAGAGAUUCCCGGAAUCGGGAGAGCAAUUUACUGCAACACGGCAACAACAACACCACGACCAUUCUUGACAAGGCCUUUUCGCCGGGCCGCAUUUGACCUGAUACACAAUUUGGCGCAUCCAGGGAUAAAGGCGACGGGCAAGCUCGUGGCGCAGCGCUACGUUUGGCCGUCGAUGAGCGCCGACUGCCGGGUCUGGGCUCGAGCAUGUGUGCCUUGCCAGCAGUCGAAGAUAUCGCGACACGUGUCGGCACCGCUCGGAACAAUUGCUGCGCCGUCCAGCAGGUUCGAGCAUAUCCAUCUGGAUAUCAUCUUGAUGCCGGUCUCAGAGGGCAAACGAUAUUGCCUGACGUGCGUGGACCGUUUCACACGAUGGCCUGAGGCGUUCCCGCUGCGAGAUCAGGAAGCGGAGACGGUCGCGAGGGCCUUCUACAAAGGAUGGAUCUGCCGAUUCGGGGCGCCCGUGCGGAUAACCACGGACCAGGGGCGCCAGUUCGAGUCCCACCUCUUUCGACGGCUCAGCGAGCUGACAGGCGUGCAGCAGCUGAGGACGACGGCGUACCACCCGCAGGCAAACGGAAUGGUCGAGCGGUUCCAUCGCCAGCUCAAAGCGGCCAUCAAAUGUCACCAGGAAGAUCGCUGGACAGAGGUGCUGCCGACGGUGCUGCUUGGGAUCCGAGCAGCGUAG